AUGAGAAUAUUAUUAGACAAAUAUAACAAGUCAAUUUACACUUUCAUUAAUAAAUCAAUCGUAAUGAGGAACACACGCAAACGUUUGAGAAGUGAUUAUGAUCUAGUUUCACCGAUCAAGGAUGAACCUAAAAUUAAAUCGAAAUACUUUAAAAAAGAAGAAGAUGGGUUGAUAGUUACACUAGAUAAUGACAAAAUAGAGGUUCCAUAUGAGGAUAAAGUCGAUAUUGAGUGGGUUAAAACUUUGAAGAAUGGGGAAUAUUUCAAGUAUUUAGAUGACAAAACUGGAGAAAAACCUCAUCAAUGGAGGCAACCCUUAGAUCUUUCUAUUUUUAAGAAUACUCCAAAGCAUCUGCUGCCUGAUAAUUUUAUUUCAACGUAUUCGAAGAUCCGGCUAAUCAGAUCUAUGAUUAGAACUCCAGUCGAUACAAUGGGAUGUGCCACAUUGCCACUGACUGUCGGUGUUAAAGUUGGUAUUAAAAAGUCUCAAAUCAUUCCUAAAAAUUAUAGAUUACAAACUUUACUUGGUGUCAUGUUAUCUGCUCAGACUAAAGAUGAAGUCACAGCACAAGCAAUACAUAACAUUAUGGAAUAUUGCAUAGACGAGUUGAAAUCGGAGGAGGGUUUGAAUUUGGAUUCAUUAUUGGAAAUAGAUAAUAAAACUUUGGAUGAUAUGAUUUAUUCUGUUGGGUUCCAUAAUAGAAAAACUAAGUUUAUAAAAGAAACUGCUAAAUUACUUAAAGAAAAGUAUAAUUCUGAUAUACCUUCUAAUAUAAAAGAUUUAUUAGCUCUACCUGGUGUGGGACCUAAAAUGGGAUAUUUAGUAAUGCAAAAAGCAUGGGGCAAAAUUGAUGGUAUUUGUGUGGAUGUUCAUGUACAUAGAUUUGCUAAAUUAUUCAAAUGGGUAGAUCCUAAAAAGUGUACAACUCCAGAACAUACAAGAAAAGCACUGGAAAAAUGGUUACCUCAUGAGCUUUGGUAUGAGAUAAAUUCCGUUUUAGUGGGAUUUGGACAAGUAAUAUCAGAACCAAGUUUUAAGAGAUUCAGAUUGAAUAGUAACAAAAUGAUUAAUUCUAAGAUCAGCAAAAAUGAAGAAGAUACUCAAAUAACAGGGCUAGAAGAUUGGAGCUUAGAAUUCACAAAAAGUAGAGGUGAUUGUUCAGAAUGGUUGAAUUAUGUUAAUAAUAUAAAUAUCAAAGAAAAUAUUAUCAAAAACGAAGAUGGCUUGGAAAAUAUUUUGAAGACAGAGUAUGCUACCUCCAUUGUAGAGAAAAACGAUGUAUUUCAACUUAAGAGUGAAUCUGAAACUUAUAAAAUUGAGGAACCUAUUUUGAAGAAAGAAACUAUUAAAGUCAAAAUAGAAAACUAA